AUGGUUGAUGAGAUUUCAUUUGAUGAAAGUUUAUUUGAUAAGUACGAUGAAGAUAUCAGAAAAUACUCUUACAUAGAAAAUGAGAUAUGCUCCAUAACAGAUUCAAAAGUUGAGUUUUUAGCAAAUUACAUUCUGCAAAAAUUUUCAAACGAAAUGGAGUACAUUUUUUCACUUGUAUGCUAUGUAGCUGACAUCAGACCUUUUUCUUGGAAGAGUCUUGUUAAAUUGAUCCGAAGUUUGCCAAAUUAUGAAACAAUAAAAGUAAAAACAGGAAGAUUCUCCGAGUUUUUAAUCAAAGAGAAGAUCAUAACACAGAGAAGACCAAGAUGCUAUCAAUAUGCAAAUAUAGACGAAGUGCUUAUCGAGGAAGAGUUUGAAAAGGAUACAAUUCCUUAUUACAUAAGAAAUGAUGAUUUAGAUAAAUUGAUUGAAAAGUUGUCAGAAAAUAAUCUUGACUUUUCUGUUAAUUUUAAAUUGCGUGAUAAAGAAAUGACGAUGCUUGAUAUAAGCGCAUUCUAUGGAUCAUCCAAUACCUUUAAGUAUCUUGUAAUGAAUGAUAUCAAAUUAACAAACAAAACUGCUAAAUAUUCUGUAAUGGGCGGAAAUUACGAAAUUGUUAGAAUUUCUCAACAAAAAGGAUCAGAUUUUUCACAAUGCUUGAUGAAAGCAAUACAAUCACACAAUAAUGACAUAGCAUAUUGGAUAUCAGAGAAUUAUAACUAUGACUUACUUAAUUUCUUUGAGGUUUAUCAUUCUUUUAAUACUUUUUGUUUGAAUUAUUUCUUGAAAAUUAAAAAGAUUGACUUAACAAUGAAUGGAUCUACUCCACUAACAUUUGUAUGUGGAAUAAGACCAGAUAUAACACUCUUCUUACUUGAAAAUGGCGUAGAUGAAAAUGAAGUUGAUGAAUAUGGAAUUUUCCCUUUGAAUUCUUGUUGUAUCAACAAAAAUAUCGAAUGUGCUAAGGUAAUUCUCGAAAAUUCGAGAGUUGAUAUUAACCAUAAAGAUGAAAGAGGUUCCACUCCACUUCAUUAUGCAGUCUAUUCCAGAUCUCUUGAUAUAGUUAAGCUUCUGUUUAAUAAGAAAUGUUUAAUUGACAUCGAAAACAAAGAAAGGAAAUCUCAACUUCAAAUUGCAGUUGAUAAUAAUGAUUUAUCCAUUGCAUCUUUUCUUUUAGAUAAAGGAGCUUUUGUUUCAAAACGUUUUAUUGGUCCUAACAUAACCAAAGAAAUGAAACAACUAAUUUUGAAUCAUCUUGAUAAUGAUGAUUUCUAA